AUGUUAUCUACAAGAAGAGUCAUAUAUAAGGCAUGUGAAGUACUAAAGUGUACUGAUAAGGGUUUUAAAGGAUUGACAGGAAUGGCGGCUCAGAGACAACUAUCUUCAAAAGAAAUUUUCGCUUUAGAAGAUAAAUAUGGUUGCCGCAAUUAUGCACCACUUACAGUGGCGCUUUCUCGCGGUGAAGGACCAUUCGUUUGGGAUGUUGAAGGAAAAAAAUACUUCGACUUUUUGAGCGCGUACUCAGCUGUGAAUCAGGGUCACUGUCAUCCUAGGAUCGUCGCUGCCCUGAAGAAGCAAGCAGAUGUUCUAACACUUGUGUCUAGAGCGUUCUACUCCGACAAAUUGGGAGAAUAUGAACAGUUCAUGACAAAUGUAUUUGGAUUUGAUCGUCUGUUGCCCAUGAAUACUGGAGUUGAAGGUGGUGAGAGCGCGUGUAAGAUUGCCAGAAAAUGGGGGUACGAUGUUAAGAAAAUACCAGAGAACCAAGCUAAGAUAAUUUUCGCCAGAGGCAACUUUUGGGGGCGAACAAUGUCUGCCGUGUCUUCGUCUACUGAUCCAGAUUGUUACACCGGGUUUGGUCCCUUCUUACCCGGACUAGCGCUUGUGCCGUACAACGAUUUACAGGCUUUAGAAAAAGAGUUACAAGACCCCAAUGUAGCUGCGUUCAUGGUGGAACCAAUUCAGGGUGAAGCAGGAGUCAUCAUACCUGAUGAUGGGUACUUGAAGAAAGUACGAGAGCUUUGUACGAAAUACAACGUUCUUUGGAUCGCUGAUGAGGUUCAAACGGGGCUUGGACGGACUGGCAAGCUCCUGGCUGUGGAACAUGAAGGUGUAAAGCCAGACAUCCUUAUUUUGGGCAAAGCUUUGAGUGGAGGAAUCAUGCCGGUGUCUGCUGUCCUUGCAAACAAUAAUGUGAUGGACGUAAUCAAACCCGGUACACAUGGAUCUACGUAUGGUGGAAAUCCGUUAGCAUGUGCAGUUGCAACUGAAGCUAUCAAGGUAUUACUUGAAGAAAAGUUAAUAGAGAACGCAGCGAAGCUAGAAUCGGUGUUCCGGGAAGAGCUGGAGAAGAUCCCAAAACACAUGAUCACCGCCAUUAGAGGCAGAGGACUCAUGUUUGCCAUUGAUGUCCAUGACAGUAUUCCAGCAUACGGUGUAUGCCAGAAACUCAAGGAGGCAGGUCUCCUUGCUAAGACCACCCAUGGACAAACCAUUCGUCUUGCACCACCUCUAGUUAUAACUGAGCAACAGCUGCGAGAUGGCGCUCGCGUCAUUCAAAACGUUUUUCAGUCUUAUUAA